CGAACAUUGUGUUAGCGUUCAGUCGGGUACAGUUCUUCGAUGUGAGCGAUUCACACCACAUAUUGUGACACUCCGCUGUGCCAGGACUGAAAAAUUCCCAGUGAUACAUUGACGACUUGCAAGAUGAGGGUGAACGUGCGAGUCCGUAAUGAAUGGCUGCUUGUGCCAGCAAAAUCAUCCAAACUUACGGUAGAUUGGUUAGGGAAGCAAGCCUUGGCCCGUUAUCGUACCCUCAAGGAUUACGACCAAGAAGAGCAAGAUAGCGUGUUGGAGAUACGAAAAUCGCCAGGAGGGAGUUUGCUGUUUCCAGAUGACCACAUCGAGGAUGUUGUGGAAAACGAUGGAUUCGUCUACACCGUUCUUAAGAGUGAAGAGACGACUGAUGGCGUGGUCUCCUCAUCCACUAUGCUUCAAGAUGUAGACGCAACGUACAAGUCGCCGUCAGAGUACCUGAGUCUCGAUGGAUACAGCCUGUCCACUGAUGAUAUGAUUAAGCUUGGUGAAGGCAAAUAUAACAUCAAGUUGACGGACGAAGCAUGGGAGAAAGUCACAGCGGCAAGGAAUCUACUGGAAAAGAUUGUGGAAGAAAACAGAGUGGUGUACGGUGUGACAACAGGCUUUGGAAAGUUCUCUACUGUGGUUGUCCCUCCUGAAAAACUCAAUGAGAUGCAGGAGAACCUGAUCCGCUCUCAUGCCGCUGGGGUGGGUGAACCGCUCACCCCUGAACGUACUCGACGCUUGCUGGCCUUACGCAUCAAUGUGAUUGCAAAGGGGCAUAGUGGGCUAUCUCCUAAGAACCUUAGAAGCAUGAUCGAUGCCUUCAAUUCGUCCUGCUUGCCCUUAGUUCCAGAGAAGGGUACCGUUGGCGCAAGUGGUGAUUUGGCUCCCUUGAGUCAUCUUGCCCUGGGGAUGAUGGGAGAAGGCAAGAUGUGGAGUCCUCGUACAGGAUGGGGUGAUGCUAAAACGAUCCUGAAGAUGCAUGGAGUAGAACCGAUUGUACUUGGCCCGAAGGAGGGUCUUGCGUUGAUCAACGGUGCACAGCUGAUCACUGCACUCGGCACUGAGGCCGUUGAGCGAGCAGCAGCUAUUGCACGUCAGGCUGAUGUUGUUGCCGCUCUGACAUUGGAUGUUCUGAAAGGAACAAACGCUGCUUUUGAUAGUCAAAUCCAUGCAGCAAGACCCCACAAGGGUCAAAUGCUAGUGGCCAGCAACCUACGUUCUCUGCUGGCUUCAGAUGUCCACCCCUCCCAAAUUUUUGACCAACUGUGUGACCGUGUGCAAGAUGCAUACACUCUGCGUUGCUGUCCGCAGGUUCAUGGUAUUGUCAACGACACCAUUGAGUUUGUGCGAGGCGUUUUGACCACCGAACUGAACAGCGCAACUGACAAUCCGAUGGUAUUUGCUGACCGCCAAAAAACCAUUUCUUGUGGGAACUUUCACGGGGAGUACCCUGCCAAGGUGCUGGACUAUCUGGCCAUCGGCGUCAGUGAACUGGCAUGCAUCAGUGAACGCCGAACUGAGCGACUUGUUAAUCCAUCACUGAGUGAACUGCCAGCGUUUCUGGUGAAUGACGGUGGGAAUAACUCCGGCUUCAUGAUCGCUCACUGCACGGCAGCUGCUCUGGUGUCUGAAAACAAAGUUCUGACUCAUCCAGCGUCUGUUGACUCACUGCCAACCAGUGCAAACCAGGAAGAUCAUGUUAGCAUGGGAGGAUUCUCUGCCAGAAAAUGCCUGACUGUAGUUGAGCAUGUGGAACAAACUCUGGCCAUCGAGUUGUUGGCAGCGUGCCAAGGCAUUGAGUUCCAUCGUCCGCUGAAAACUACAGCUCCAUUGGAGGAAGUCUACCAACUUGUUCGCUCUGUAGUGGCACCCUGGGACAAGGAUCGCUACAUGGCCCCAGACAUUGAAGCAGCAACUAAGCUCCUGAGGGAAGAGAAGGUGUGGAAAGCAGUCAAACCUUACAUGGACAACUACCAUGCAGAGCGACAGAAGGCAGCAAGGAUUUCGUCAUCGCCAGUAUCUUAGGGAAAUGGCGGUACCACAACACUUAAGUGUUUCAAGUGAAGUACAGGACGACUCCUUACAAAAGGGUUGUUCAGAGUCCUCUCUUAAACCUUGAGAGGGCCAGUUAGGAUCACAUAGUAUACAAGAAGAUGCAUGCUUUAAUCAACUAUUGUUACGUGAUAAAUAUGAUGUAAAAAAAUGUGGCUUUUGUGGUAGAUAUUCGAAAUGUGAAUGUUCACACAGUAAAGUUACUCCGAACAGUUUUCAUUAGAUAAUCGUUUAUUUCAUACCUACAUAAAGAUACAUAUUUAGUGAUACCCAGAAAAAGUGAUGUAACAUAUAAUAGGAAAUGAUAGAAGAGGCACUGCGAAUGGAGUUGCAUCUGAUUCUCACCUUAGUCCAACCAUCGUGAUGUAAUGGCACAGCUAACGAUUAGUAGUUGAUUUCACAAGCUGACAGCUGUCCCAAGGCGGUUUUUACGCGUCUUUUCAAGACAAUUGAAGUCAGUCAUGGAUGACCAGAAACAUGCCUCCGAGUUAUCAGUGGAAAGCUUGUUACCCUUAUAGUCCCUGCUAAAGCUGUAAUAAUGGUCAUAGUGCGCCUAUAGCUUAAUUUGCGAAUGCCUGUUUCCUUUUUGGGGAUACCCCGUAUAAUGGUACUCUGCAUGACUACUUGCACAAGUAAUGCGUUUAUGCUGACAGGCAGUCUCAAUACAAUGUUAUGUACAUUUCGUCUGUAGUGUGAUAGAUUUAAAUCAUACGAUCUCACACUAAAAUUAAAUAGUUGAAUUGAAUUUGACCGAAGUGUUAUGGGCGUACAAAAUGUUUUAAUUCUCAAAAGAUUCAUUCUUUUAUUUUAGUAAUGCAAUUAUCUUUGUAAACAUUUAUUACAACUUCAAUCAAUUUUGCUUUUAUUUAGAAGUAAGUCUUGACUCAUUGUGUUGAAGGUUUUCUUUUAGAAAAAUUCCGCGAGAAAUAUCGUGGGUAGCGCUUUAAUAAUAGCACCAAUCGAUGCUAUUGUAAGCACGAUGAAUGCAUUUGCAUCACUUAACAUAAGUAUCUUAUACCCGAAAACUCCUUGAUAGAAGCAAAAAAAUAUUUGCUAAAGAUGAAAUAAUACGACCAAAUUCCUUUGAAAUAGAAUUGGUUAUAAUUCGGGACCAAAUCUAUAUAUAUUCUUAAAUUUGGAAACAAUUUCAAUCAUUCUUACGGGUCAGUAGAACUGGUGAUAAUUGUUUAGUGGGAAAUAAGCCAAAUUAAUAUCCACAUUCAUAACAAAGGCUUAACUGCCUGACGCUAAAAUUUUUCCAAUGUUACAAAAUUGAUACAACCUUGUGUACGAUGAGUUAUCAUGUUAUUCAAAAUGAUUCCCGGAAGUGUGUUUAGGACUACGUUUAAUCAUAGAGUUGAAAACACUGUCGCAUAUUGGAAAAUUUGCCCUUAUAUAGAGGUGUAGCUUAGCCAAGCUCUAUUAUAACUUGCGGUAAGCUUGUAAAGUUUCGUUUAGUGUCAUAUGAUUGUGAUAUUUCCGUAGUUAGUCGUGGAGCUCCGAGUAAGCGUCCUCGAGAGGGUUAAAUCUUGCUCAGUGUGAAAUGCCACUGUUAAAAGAAGUUAAUUGAUAAUAAUAAUAAUAAAUAGUAAUAAUACUAGUAGGCAUCAUAAUAAUGGUGCUAACUUGGAAAAAAAGGAAUUUCAUCUAUAAUUGUACGUUUUUAGAAUAAAAUAGAAGAUUCCUAAUUAAAAACA